GGGAGCGACGCUUUCCGCCGCCAGCUCCGGAGCAGAGCAAGGGGGACGCCGAGCAGAGCCGAGCCGAGGCGAGGAGAAGCAGGACAGGAGGCACACGGAGCCCACGCACAGGAAUGUUUAGAGCUCCUGUAGGUGGACAGACGUGGACACGCGGCGCACGACCUCAGGAAAUUCCCCUCUGUCGGUGACACCAUCAACAUCUGGCGGCGAGGACCGCGGCGCCGUUCGAGUGUCAUCUCUGGACCGAAUAACAACAGGCUCUGCCGCCUCUGCCCCUAUAGUUCUACCUCCUCUGCUCAGGGAGUGCCGAGUGCCUGAGUCAAUACACUGCAUUCUGGGAUCUCUGGAACCCUCUCGAUGGGCCGCACCAACUGCUGACCAACCAGGGGGGUAUUGAAGGAGCUUUGUAUUGAAUGAGGAUCGUGCAGCGUGAGGGGACGCUCGCAGGGCGAUGAUUCCGCAUGAAGCGCGGCGCACUCGGCCCCCCGUCGUCCUCGGCGGAUGCAGCAGGUGUGACGUCGUGACGUUCUCGCCGAGCGCCCUCAGCUCGCCGUCCUCCGGUCGUUAGAAUCACCCGGACCGAACAGGCCGUCCCGCUUCCCCCCCAGGCCCCUCCUCCUUACCUUUUCCAUCUUGAAUCCCGACUCACUUUCUCAGCGGGACUCGGAUGUUUCCGUAGGGCGACGCCAAGUACGAGGAAACGAGCACAUGUAGAAGGAGAGAGGAAAGUGUGAAGAAGGCAACAAAAGGAUCAAGUAAGUACACAAGAGAGUUCAAGAUGAAGUCCAACCAAGAACGCAGUAAUGAAUGUCUUCCCCCGAAGAAGAGGGAGCUCCCGUCUGAAAACCGCUCCCCGACUAUACCCUCUGCUCCAGACCCCCAGCGCCAUGACAACGUGGCCUGGCUUGUGGGUGGCGGCGGUGGCAAUGGAAACACCAUGAGCGCUCCUCGCAGCUCUGCACAAUCAGGUGCCCCCCAGUAUAAAUCCCUCUUCUCCGCGUCGGACUCCUCCUCCAUGACGCUGGUGUCCUCCCUCCCCGCGGUCUACACGUCCCCACACGUCGGAGGGACGGUCCACUACGCUCAACUGCCUCCCAACCUUCAGUUCAUCACCUCGCCUUACACUGCGCCCUACGCCAGCUACAUCGCUCCCCAGCUGCUUCCACCUCCUCCGCCGCCUCCUCCCUUCUCCUCCAGAACCUCAUCGCACGCAGAGACCGUCUGCGCUCCCUCCCACGCCUCCAAAUUCGAGCAACAGCGGGCAUCCAUCCGGCACACCUCCUCCAUGCCUCCGCCGCCCACAGACGCCACCCCGCUCCGCGCCUCUCCUCGGACCCUGCGCUCGCCUCACUCCCUGCACGGCCAUCACACGCCAGCGUCACAGUACAUGGACGGAGGAACCCCCAGGAAAGAGGAAGGGGGAUCCAGAGAGCUUCACAACGGAGGGUUGGAGCGGACCCGGAGGUUUGAGUCUGGACACUCUAAGCUAAUCAAAUCCCGCGACGCCUACGAGUCCUGCCAGCUGGUUCUCCCGUCAGACUAUGCUCACGACCACAUGGCGCUGAGAACCUCCGUCAUGCUCAUGCCCAACAGCCAUGGGGACCACCAGCUGGUACCAGCCAGGAACAGCCCUGAGAAGACCUCCGCCCACAUGGAGAAAGGCAACAUUCUCCUGGGGAAGCCAAUCAAUCGCACCCCGUCUUUCACCUUUCCACCCCCCUUAAGUGUUGACAAUCUAAAAGCUGCAGUUGGCCCACUAUCGCCACAGACUGUUAUACAGACCACCCACAGCUCCACAUUGGAGUCCGUGGGGCUGCCUUCCCCCGGCGUCUAUCCCCAAUCCCCAGUGAUUGGUUACAUAGCGGGGGCCAGGGGCAGCCAACACACGCCAAUGAGCUACCACACCAGCCUACAACAGCACGUUCUCAUCACUGGCACCCAGCCAGUCAUCAUCCCAGUCAAUGAAAGCGGAGCUCCCACGCUAGAGCCCACUGUGUCCCAGGAUGUGACGUCGUCCACCCAGGCCCCCUUUCCUGCAGCGCUCCCUCACACCUACAUCGCCGCCCCGAGAGGAGAAACCCAAGACAAUCCCGGCGUCUCGUAUCACCAGGUCGCCUCGGGCGGGGUGGUCCAAGCCCAGCUGCACCUCCCCGUCGUCCCAUCGACGAUGGCGCCUCCGCCGCAGUCGAGCGCGGCAGCUCCCCCGUCGCUGCCGCCGUACUUCGUCAAGGGCUCCAUCAUCCAGCUGGCGGACGGCGAGCUCAAGCGCGUGGAGGAGCUGAAGACGGAAGACUUCAUCCAGAGCGCAGAGAUCAGCAGAGAGCUGAAGAUCGACUCGUCUACGGUGGAGCGCAUCGAAGGGAGCCACGUCUCGCCUAACUUUGCGGUGGUUCAAUUCUCUGUGGGCGAGCACCGUGCACAGGUGAGCGUGGAGGUUUUGGUGGAGUACCCCUUCUUCGUCUUUGGCCAGGGUUGGUCUUCCUGCUGCCCGGACCGGACCACCCAACUUCUGGAGCUGCCUUGCACCAAGCUUUCCGUAGGCGACGUUUGUAUUUCGCUCACCCUCAAGAACCUGAGGAACGGGUCUGUGCCCAGAACUCAGCCUUCAGAGCCGGCCCCCAGUCGCGGGCACCCCAGGGCCCCUAAGCCUCUCUCCAAUGUUCCCCAGAGGUGCAGUGGAGGAGGCUCCUGGCACGGCGAGCGGGAGAAUGGCGUCGACCAGCGGGGUGGCAGCGGCGGGAAGGAGUGUAACAGCACUGUGGAAAACGGGGAUCUGGCGUUUGGGCAAAGAGGUUCCAGGUUGAUUUUGAAAGACGAGCUUGCGGAACCCGGGAAGCCUGUGAUGUCAUCUGGGGGCAGGAAGCGAAGGUGGUCGGCCCCCGAGGGUCGGAAAGUUGAAAAAUCCGAGGAGCCGCCCUUGACCUUGGCCAAACCUUCUUUUAUCCCCCACGAGGUGAAGGUCACCAUCGAGGGAAGGUCGAAUAUCGGCAAGUGAAUGUGACCAGGAAAAGGUGAAAGCUCACUUUAGUGUUUCAUGAUUUGUUUUCAUCUUAGACUAGACGACAACACUCGACACGCUCUCACCUUCGACCUAGUUUUUAUGGAUGAAAACAACCCGCGCUUUUGGCGAAGGCUUUUCACAAGACUUCGCGGAAGGACGGGCGAGGAGCGCUAGCUCAGCGAGGCCGUUAGCUGACGGUGUUCUGCAGCACGCGUGAGCGGGAACAACGCUUCUUCUUCGUUAGCUUAGCAGUCUGCUCGAUAUCAAACGCCCAUUUUGAAAUGAUUGUCAGAGAAAUAUGAAUCAGGGGGUCAUAAAGUGGAACUGUGACAGGUCAUUUUCUAUCCAAACAUGACUUUGUACAAACACACUGGGUUGGCCGACGUUCCUCCUCGUAUUUGGUGAGAAAUAUGUUCCGUUCUAUUUUUGUAACUCGAGAGCGUCGUGGUUGUUUUUAACGCAGUACUGUAUGUUUGUUGGCGUUUUUAAGACGUGGGGGGGAGGGGGAGGGGGGGUGACUAACAAGUAGCAGCAGCACUUUGGAAGAGCGAAGGCGGGGUCAAGUUGUUUUUGUAAUUACUUUUUUUUUUCGGUGCCGUAGAUGUGCCUCAAAAGAAAUUGGACGAAGAGCUCGCGCCGCACGAGUUUUGAAGGGUGUCUUUGUCUUUUCGUGUGCUAGAUUGUGCGAUACGCUGGCUUAUGUCUGUCCACACACACACACACACACACACACACACACACAGAACACACAACAAUCCAGGCCAUCCCUGUAAUUUGAUUGUUGUACUGUAUCGGUGGCGAUUUGGGUGCAUAUCGUCCCCAGCGGACUGCUUUUUGGCCGUAUGCACACUCGUAGUUAACAGUACCAGUUGCACAUGUGGCGUGUUCGUGUAUGAGUUUAUGUAUACUGUGUAUAGACAAGUAAUACACUUCAUAGCUAGAGAAAUAUAUGAAUAGACAAUGUUCAUGUCCAGUGUUUCCGCUUGAAAUCUUUAAAGAGAAUCUUGCAGUUUGCACAUCAGGUGGGAGAGAGUCGUCUGGUUUUUGUUUUGUUUGUUUUUUUGGCGGGUGGACCCCCGAUCUUUUAUGAUGAGCUCGAGGCCACCCGCAAAAAAAGAAACACUGGAGCAGCCCCAAUAUUUCUGAGUUAAACACACACAGUGUGCAAUGUGCCUGCCUACUGAGCUCCAGUCCACAUUUGGCGUCCCCACGGGGGGUUCGAACUGGGGCUGUGGUGCGGGGAAAACCUGUUGCACAAAGAUGUAGCCGUUAUUUGACACACGUUACGUACGCUCUCUCAGGGCCAGGGGGUGCACUAUCUGGGGAAAACAUAGGGGCCAACGCACAGGGGAACUUUCUAGGAAGGACCCCCAUGGGGUGUCUGUCCCCCAGGGAGCAACAUAAGGCAGGGGUGUCUUUUUCCACUGAGUGCCACAUUAAAAAAAUGAUAGAAAGCAAUCCAAUUUAGAUCAAAUUUGCUGUGCUAGCUGAAGAAAACAUCAACAUGUUAGUUUUAUGUCGUUAUUGACCAAGGAAAUCUGUGUAAUGUCUCAUGAAUGAUUAUUUACUAUCAAAAAGACAAGUUGCGACCGAAAAUGGCCCCCGGGCCGCAUUUUAGACCCCUUUACCCUUGGUAAGGGAUGACUGGGAGGGUCAGCGAAGGGUGCAAUCAAGGAGGAGUGAGAGUGUAAGAGAUUUACCUUAGAGCAGUGGUUCUUAACCUUGUUGGAGGUACCGAACCCCACCUGUUUCAUAUGCGCAUUCACCGAACUCUUCUUUAGUGAAAUAUAAAAUGUUUUUUUGUUUUUCAAAUUCAAGACAAAGUUAUAUGUUUUUGGUAACACUUUAGUAUGGGGAACAUAUUCUAAGUAACAAAGACUCGACUUAGAGUUAUUUGGUUAGGGUAGAGUUAGAGGGUUAGGGCCAGGGUUAGAGGGUUAGGGUUAUAAUAAGGCCAUGCCAAAUAAGGCAUUAAUAAGUACUUAAUAAUGACUAGUUAAGAGCAAAUAUGUUACUAAUUUGCAUGUUAAUAAGCAACUAAUUAAUGGUGAAUAUGUUCCCCAUAAUAAAGUGUUACCAUGUUUUUUUUUACUGGUGCACAAAAUGAACCGUGCAUGAACAUCACCUUGUUCAAAGAACAAAACCAACACAGUGCAUAAACUCACAACAAAUUACACACCUGCAAAUCAGUGUGACUUCUGCUGUUGCCGUAUCCGUAAUACGCCGAUAGGGAGAAGUUUUUAUUUACACGAUGAGUCGGGUGUGUCUUGACCUCCGCCGAACCCCUGAGCCCGACUCACCGAACCCCUAGGGUUUGAUCAAACCCAGGUUAAGAACCACUGCCUUAGAGCAAGGCUAUGCAACUGGCGGGCUUGGGGUCCAAAUCUGGGCCACUAAUGACAAGGACAAACAUUUUUGCAGCAUAUUCCUAAAAACACGAGAGUGCUCCUGUUGUGUAGAGGAACUGUGACCACUGUCAACACUUUGGCAGAUCCUCGCAUUGGCAUUUUAAUCUUGAUAUUACAUAGAACAUUGGGGUCCAAACGUGUGAUUUACAUAACUGAGGCGUUCCUCAGGGCACCACUUUAAGUCCUCUCCUUUUUAGUAGUUACUCUUUUUUUUCCCCCCGUAAUGUAAUUUAUGUAACUUUAAGGCGUUGCUGUAGCUUGUUUACUUCAGAUGCAGUCAGCAAUCAUGUUCAACUUCUUUAGUUAUACAAGUCGUGUUCCUCAAGGUUCCAUUUUAGGUCCUCUCUUUUUCAACAUUUGGGCUAUCCAACUAGUGGCCAGCGAGUUCGGUGCAAAAAACUUGUGAGACUCCCAUUUUUGCUGCAGAGUGCUGUCAUGGGCCCUGUUCACACUGCAGGUCAAUUCCCAUUUUUUUGCCCAUAUGAGACCUGUUUCGGAUUUUGUCAUGUCAGUGUGAACAGUGCAAUUCCAAAUUGUUCAUAUCCAACCCAGGCCUCUUUCGUAUGUGGAUAUAAAUGGGAUAUAUAUGCGAUGUGAACGCUACUGCGUUGAGGUCGCAUUCAACUGACCCGAACUCCAUCAAAAAGCGAUAAGCGUCAUAAUUAUUCGCCGAAAUAGACGGUUACGAGGGGUGUGGGAAAAAACGAUUUGAAUUUAAAUCGCGAUUCUCAUGUUGUGCGAUUCAGAAUCGUAUCUCAUAUUUUUAAAAAAUCGAUUUUUAUUUUUUUAUUUUUUUUUAUUUAAAAAAUUAUUAUUUAUUUUUUAUUUUUUAUAUUUUUAUUAAUCAAUCCAACAAAACAAUACACAGCAAUACCAUAACAAUGCAAUCCAAUUCCAAAACCAAACCCGACCAAGCAACACUCAGAACAGCAAUAAACAGAGCAAUUGAGAGGAGACACAAACACGAGUCCACGACACAGAACAAACCAAAAGUAGUGAAACAAAAAUGAAUAUUAUCAACAACAGUAUCAAUAUUAGUAACAAUUUCAACAUAGCAGUGAUUAAAAAUCCCUCAUUGACAUUAUCAUUUGACAUUUAUAAAAAAAACAAAAACAAUGAACAAUAAUGUCACAGUGGCUUACACUUGCAUCGCAUCUCAUAAGCUUGACAACACACUGUGUCCAAUAUUUUCACAAAGAUAAAAUAAGUCAUAUUUUUGGUUCAUUUAAUAGUUAUACAAAUGUACAUUAUUGCAAUCAGUUGAUAAAACAUUGUCCUUUACAAUUAUAAAAGCUUCUUACAAAAAUCUACUACUUUGCUUGCAUGUCAGCAGACUAGGGUAGAUCCUGCUGAAAUCCUAUGUAUUGAAUGAAUAGAGAAUCCUUUUGAAUUGGGAAAAUAUUGUUUUUAAAUCAAGAAUUGUGUUGUAUUGAAAAACAAAUCGAUUUUGAAUCGAAUCGUGACCCCAAGAAUCGAUAUUGAAUCGAAUCGUGGGACACCCAAAGAUUCACAGCCCUAACGGUUACAAAAUAAAUUGCUGACAACAGAGCAGAAAACUUGUGGAAAAAAUGUUUUAGAAACUCCCGAGAAACAUCCACCACUCCUGUCUCCGACAACUCGCCCACAGACACGCUCUUCAAGGAGACAUCAAAGCAAAUUAUGUCGUAAAACUGCAAGGGCCAAAAUACUUGUCUUCUUCCUUCUUAAUCUUUUAUGCACAAUUAUUUUGUUCAGAAAAUGUUGACUUUGAUUGCACAAAAUCCUUGAAAUUGCCACAAAUGCACCAACACUGAGACCGAAGCCAUGUUUACUUUGGUAAACAGUGCAGUGUGUGUGACGUCAUGACGUCAUGUCCGCAUGCGGGUCAAAUUGCAUUCACAUUAGAAAUCACUUUUAUUUUUGUAAUGUCAACGGCCAAGAUUGGAUUUGACAAAAACAUCUGAAUAGGACAUCCAACUGCAGCGUGAACGUAGCCUUAGAGAUGAUCUUUGACCAGCUUUUUUGAAGCUCCUGUCUCGCUGACAAAAUAAAAUGUCCACUGUAGAGGACGCUGGUUCUCCGGAAUAUAUAAAACAAGAAUAACAGAAAAGGGAGAAGUUCGGCCUCCCGGUCCUUAGCUUUCUGGAAAUGUGGCCCCCAAAACAAUUGAUUUGAAUACCCCUGCCUUAGAGCAUCCCACAAGUAUCCUGGGGACGACACACCAUGGGGCAACCUCAAGGGUGACCCACGGGGCUGCCAGGGGUCUGAUUAAAGGAGAGAGACACCAAUGGGCGACUUAUAGUAGAUGACAACAAAGGUGCAUUAAGGGGGUUGACCUGAGGGGUCCCCAGUUUUAUUGUUUUUUGGGCUUGACGAUGACAGGCGCACAGAUGGAUGCUGAGUGGAUGAUGAUGACGAUGAUGAUGAUGAUGUGCAUGGUGGAUUACCGAGACCCUGUAUGAGAUUUUGAAGAUGCUUUAUUUUUGUAAGAAUAAGCCAGGGUUCCACUGCAUAGGCACAGUAGUGCAUAUUUACUUUACUCCAUCAUAAAUAAUUCUGUAUGCUCGUAUGUAUUAACAACCCCCCCCCCCCCUACAGACCACCAACCCAUUGAACAUGUCAUUAAACCAAUCAGCCUCUCGCAAACCUCUACACUUCUUCAGGUUAUAAGAAUAAAAGACACAAUGUAACUAUGGAGCCAAAGUCAAGUGAUGCUUGUGUUGCUAUGGUUACCUAAGAAAGCAAUAGGCGUGCACAUUGCUUUACACACACACACACACACACACACACACACACACACACACACACACACACAUUCUUGUAUUUGUUACCUUCUUGAGACCUUUGAGAAAUGCCUACCUCUUUAGGACCACCCUUUAUAGAUAUAUAAAGAUUUGUAUUUACAACUUGAAUAAUAUAUACAAACUAUGUAAAUAUAAAAAAGGUAAGCAUUUAGUUCAUUUAUUUUUAUUUUUAUUUUUUUCUUUGAAAUUGGUUUUUCAAUCAAUCAAUCAAUGUUCAUUUAUAUAGCCCUAAACUAAAUCACGAGUGUCUCAAAGGGCUGCACAAGCCACAACAACAUCCUCGGUUCAGAUCCCACAUCAGGGCAAGGAAUAACUCAACCUAAUGGGACAAUGAGAAACCUUGGAGAGGACCCCCCACCCCCCUAGGGCGACCGGUGCAAUGGACGUCGAGUGGAUCCAGCAUAAUAUUGUGAGAGUCCAGUCCACAGUGGGGCCACUAUCGACUGGACUUAAUCUUCAUUAUUUACUUCAAGUUAUUACAAUAUGUCUCUAUAUAAAUGGUAAAUGGUAAAUGGGUUAUACUUGUAUAGCGCUUUUCUACCUUCAAGGUACUCAAAGCGCUUUGACACUAUUUCCACAUUCACCCAUUCACACACACAUUUACACACUCAUGGCGGUAGCUGCCAUGCGAGGCCCUAACCACGACCCAUCAGGAGCAAGGGUGAAGUGUCUUGGUCAAGGACACAACAGACGUGACUAGGUUGGUAGAAGGUGGGGAUCGAACCAGGAACCCUCAGGUUGCUAGCACGGCCACUCUCCCAACCGUGCCACACCGUUCCCAUAAACAUAUUUUUUUAUUUUAUUUUUUGGGCCAAAGAGGGCACAUUUCAAUUUCGUACACAUACUUGUUAUUACAUAUGUUGACCAGAGGGGGAGUACUUUUAAAGGGGAACAUUAUCACCAGACCUAUGUAAGCGUCAAUAUAUACCUUGACGUUGCAGAAAAAAGACCAUAUAUUUUUUAACCGAUUUCCGAACUCUAAAUGGGUGAAUUAUGGCGAAUUAAACGCCUUUCUAAUAUUCGCUCUCGGAGCGAUGACGUCACAACGUGGCGUCACAUCGGGAAGCAUUCCGCCAUUUUCUCAAACACCGAGUCAAAUCAGCUCUGUUAUUUUCCGUUUUUUCGACUGUUUUCCGUACCUUGGAGACAUCAUGCCUCGUCGGUGUGUUGUCGGAGGGUGUAACAACACGAACAGGGACGGAUUCAAGUUGCACCAGUGUCCCAAAGAUGCGAAAGUGGCAAGAAAUUGGACGUUUGUUCCGCACACUUUACCGACGAAAGCUAUGCUACGACAGAGAUGGCAAGAAUGUGUGGAUAUCCUGCGACACUCAAAGCAGAUGCAUUUCCAAUGAUAAAGUCAAAGAAAUCUGCCUCAGACCCCCAUUGAAUCUGCCGGAGUGUGUGAGCAAUUCAGGGACAAAGGCCCUCGGUAGCACGGCAAGCAAUGGCGGCAGUUUGUUUCCGCAGACGAGCGAGCUAAACCCCCUAUCGACCGUAGCUUCCCUGGCCUGCUGACAUCAACUCCAAAACUGGACAGAUCAGCUUUCAGGAAAAGAGCGCGGAUGAGGGUAUGUCUAAAGAAUAUAUUAAUUGAUGAAAAUUGGGCUGUCUGCACUCUCAAAGUGCAUGUUGUUGCCAAAUGUAUUUCAUAUGCUGUAAACCUAGUUCAUAGUUGUUAGUUUCCUUUAAUGCCAAACAAACACAUACCAGUCGUUGGUUAGAAGGCGAUCGACAAAUUCGUCCUCGCUUUCUCCCGUGUCGCUGGCUGUCGUGUCGUUUUCGUCGGUUUCGCUUGCAUACGGUUCAAACCGAUAUGGCUCAAUAGCUUCAGUUUCUUCUUCAAUUUCGUUUUCGCUACCUGCCUCCACACUGCAACCAUCCGUUUCAAUACAUGCGUAAUCUGUUGAAUCGCUUAAGCCGCUGAAAUCCGAGUCUGAAUCCGAGCUAAUGUCGCUAUAGCUUGCUGUUCUUUCCGCCAUGUUUGUUUGUGUUGGCAUCACUAUGUGACGUCACAGGAAAAUGGACGGGUGUAUAUAACGAUGGUUAAAAUCAGGCACUUUGAAGCUUUUUUUAGGGAUAUUGCGUGAUCAGUAAAAUUUUGAAAAAAACUUCGAAAAAUAUAAUAAGCCACUGGGAACUGAUUUUUAAUGGUUUUAACCCUUCUGAAAUUGUGAUAAUGUUCCCCUUUAAAAGCGACACACAGUCAAUUUGAAAAAUCCCUCCUUUUUGGCACCACCCUCAUUUUGAUAGAUUUCACCACAUGAGACAUUCUCUAUUAGAUGCAAUGGUUUUCCGUAUUGGGACCAUGAUGUAUGUCCUAACUUGUUCACUGCUCCUCGUAUGGAAGUUACCUUUCCUUGUUGAUGUCUCAAGAAGCGUAGAAAAAUACAAGAACACACACACACACACUCACUCACACACACACUCACACAAUCAUUCCACCGAGUAGUUGGCAAUAAACAUUUCAUCGUGAUCCUCCAGCAACCAAAAACCCUCACAAGACAAGACAACACUUUCAACUUUCAGCCAAUCGUAUUCAGGGAUUUCGUCCUCGUCUGUGCAGUAAGACAACCCCCCAAAAAACCCUCCAAACCCUUCUUUCCCCCCUGCAGGGGGCGCAACACUGCAACCCUCAAUAACCGCGAGCUACCUUUCACGCAGUGGCGUAGCGUGCAAGAUCAGUCCCUAAGCAAAAAAAAAAAAAAAUUUGCACAAAAGCUUGUUAUUGUUCACCAUGUGGAGACAUUUUGUGCCAUUCUGCUCAUGUUUGCACUUGUUCAUCAUUACAAAUGCUAAUCUGUUCAAUACUCAAAUAUUCUGUGUUAUCGGCAACAAAAAAAAUUUCUCUCUUGUUGAAGCCUUUAAUGGAGUUAUCUUGGUUGUGUAUGCAAAUGAAGCAGUGGACCAAUAAGAAGCCACUUUACACACCUCUGCACUAAUGUGGGCUCACACUUGCCAAUGUUGGACAAGCUGCGCUACGCCACUGCUUGCGACACACACUUGUCAUUACUUUUAACGCAGAAGGCGGUCGACUGUUUCCGAGGGAAGGAAAGUAAACUUCUUCUUUUUUUUAACCCCUUCAGUAAAUGUUUGGUAACGUGCAAUAGUUUUCCUCACUGUGCCAAGUCCAUGUAGCAGAAAGCCCUUUUUCUUUAUUUUGCUUCUAUUCCUGUCUUUGUCCUUGGCGGCCUUCCUUGUGUGUGUGUGUGUGUGUGUGUGUGUGUGUGUGUGUGUGUGUGUGUGUGUGUGUGUGUGUGUGUACGUGUGUGUGUGUGUGUGUGUGUGUGCGUGUGUGAUAGACUCCUAUGAUGAUGAUGAUGUGCGUGAAUGGACAAACCUUGUUAAGGUUCAUAAUGACCUCAUUGCCAAGUGGGGACCACUUUUUUUGUUUUGUUUGUAAGAAGAAGAAACCAAGAAAAAAGUAGAUGCACAUGUGAGCUUUUUAAAGACGUCUCAGCACUUUUCCAAUCGGAGCGGGUGGAGGAUUGCCACAAAGAGGGGCGAUAAAUCAUGAGGUGUUGUUGUUAUUUUUUUCCGGGUCCAAAGGGGCCGAGGUGUCACGCAUCCCUUUGUAGAGCUCGCUGUGUCAUCUUCUCACGACAAGCAUCCUCCUGGAGGAUCACUGCUUAGUUUGUUAUUUUGUCUCUUGCACAAUUGAAAGAAAAAAAAUGAAUGUGUGGAGCUUUUUUGACGUUUUGGAUGACAAAAAGAAGAAAAGAGAAAAACAAGCAUGUGUGCUUCUAAGGUGCGUUCACACUUGGGCGUGUUUGCUUCGGCUGGGUGGAACUCUGGCGCGUUUGCGGUUGGCUCAGGCAAUUGUCAACGCAUUCAUCUGGGGGAAAAAACAAAACAAAAAAAACUCUUAAGGUUAAGUCUUGGUCUGCUUGAAAGUGAACUUUGGUGCAGUUUGGUGCGCUUGAAUGCGACACAAACAUAAACAAUGAUGAAAAAUUAGGAUUUGUGCAUGAAAUGACAAAUAUGUCAGAGAGAUCGCAUGAGAAAUACUAUCGAUGCUCUUUAAAUGUCUUUUUCGUUUAAUUAUAGAAAAAUAAUGAAAUGUAUUUGACCCAGCAGAAAGCUUUUUCUUUUGUAGUAUUUGACCAAAUGUACUCUUUAAAAGUAUAUUUUAGAAGCUUUUGGUGAAAUUUACCAUGAAUUGAUUAACAAGUUGAAAAACGUAUUGGGGUGUUACCAUUUAGUGGUCAAUUGUACAGAAUAUGUACUGUACUCUACCAACCGGUAUAGCUCGGUUGGUAGAGCGGCCGUGCCAGCAACUUGAGGGUUGCAGGUUCGAUCCCCGCCUCCGCCAUCCUAGUCACUGCUCUUGUGUCCUUGGGCAAGACACUUUACCCACCUGCUCCCAGUGCCACCCACACUGGUUUAAAUGUAACUUAGAUAUUGGGUUUCACUAUGUAAAGCGCUGUGAGUCACUUGAGAAAAAGCGCUAUAUAAAUGUAAUUCACUUCACUUCACUUCACACUUCACAAUCUACUAAUACAAGUUUCAAUCAAUCAAUCAAAAAAAUCCAGGCUGGUAAAAAAAAAUAGAAGAAUGUGAAAAUAAGGAAAGAUAUUCAACCCAGCAGGAAGUAUUUUUUUGCAUUUGGAAUAUUAGAGCUGCAGUAUAUCACGAAAGAUGCUCUUUAAAAGUCUAUUUUAGAAUCUAAGAAGGUAAAAGUACCAGAAUAUAAAAUGACUUUAAAAAUGCACUCAGCAGAAAGUAUUUAGAAAAUAGAUUUUUUAUUUUAUUUUAUUAUUAAUUUGUCAGAAAAGUUGCUUAAAAGUAUCAUUUAGAAGCUUUUGGUGACCUCUAGGCUGGUAAAAUAAAAUAAAUAAAUAAAAUAGCAGACCAUGAAAAAAAUCUGCAUAUUUAACCCAACAGAAUAUUUGAGUUACUUAACAAAAACAUAUCUUUAAAAGUAUAUUUAGGAAGCUUUUGGUGAAAUCUGAGAAGGUAAAAAUGCCAGAAUAUAAAAAUAUAUAAACUCACCCAGCAGAAAGCCUUUUAUUUUAGAGUAUUUGUUUGUCGGAAAAGUUGCUCUUUGAAAGUAUGGUUUAGAAGCUUUUGGUGAACUCUAGGCUGAAAAAAAAAGGUAGAAUUUGAAAACAGCCUUCAUAUUUAAACCGGCAGAAAGCAUUUUCUUUUGGAAUAUUUGAGUUUCUUUUAAAAAACCUCUCAUUUAAAAGUAUAUUUUAGAAGCUUUUGGUGAAAUCCAAGCUGUUAAAAAAAUUUAGAAAAAUAAUUAAAUGUAUUUGACUCAGCAGAAAGCUUUUUCUUUUGUAGUGUUUGAGCUACAUCACAAAAUGUACUCUUUAAAAGUAUAUUUUAGUCGCCUUUUAGUGAAAUCCAAGCUGGUAAAAAAAAUAGAAGAAUGUGAAAAUAAGGAAAGAUAUUCAACCCAGCAGGAAGUAUUUUUCACAUUUGGAAUAUUAGAGCUACAGUAUACCACGAAAGAUGCUCUUUAAAAGUCUAUUCUAGAAGGCUUUGGUGAAAUCUAAGAAGGUAAAAGUACCAGAGUAUGAAAAAUGACAUUAAAAACGCACUAAGCAGAAAUUAUUUUCCUUUGGAAAACUUGAAUUUGUCAGAAAAGUUGCUCUUUAAAAGUAUCGUUUAGAAGCUUUUGGUGAACUCUAGGAUGGCAAAAAAAAUAAUAAUAAUAGCAGCCUGCAUAUUUAACCCAACAGAAAACACUUUUUCUUUGGAAUAUUUGAGUUACUUAACAAAAACAUAUCUUUAAAAGUAUAUUUAGGAAGCUUUUGGUGAAAUCCAAGCUGGUAAAAAAAAAUAGAAGAAUGUGAAAACAAGGAAAAAUAUUCAACCCAGCAGGAAGUAUUUUUCACAUUUGGAAUAUUAGAGCUACAGUAUACCACGAAAGAUGCUCUUUAAAAGUCUAUUUUAGAAGGUUUUAGUGAAAUCUAAGAAGGUAAAAGUACCAGUAUAUAAAAUGACUUUAAAAACGCACUCAGCAAAAAGUAUUUAGAAAAUAGAAAAUUAUUUAAAUUUUUUUUUUUUUUUAAGUCAGAAAAGUUGCUCUUUAAAAGUAUCGUUUAGAAGCUUUUGGUGAACUCUAGGCUGGAAAAAAAAAGGCGCAAUAUGAAAACAGCCUCCAUAUUAACUCGGCAGAAAGCAUUUUCUUUUGGAAUAUCUUAGUUUCUUUCAAAAACCUCUCUUUAAAAGUAUAUUUUAGAAGCUUUUGGUGAAAUCUAAGAUGGUAUAAAUAGCACAAUGUAAAAAAUGAAAAAAAAUAACCUAACCCAGCAGAAAACAUUCUCCUUUGAGAUAUUUGAUGUUUAAAGUAUAUUUUAGAAGCUUUUGGUGAAAUCUAAGCUGGUGCAAAUGGCAAACUAUAAAAGUAGCCUGCAUAUUCAAGCCAGCACAAAGCAUUUCCCUUUGGAACGUUUGUUACGUCACUAAAAACUUCUCUUGAAAAGUAUAUUUUAGAAGCUUUUGGUGAAAUAGCAGAACAUACACAAAAUUACACUUGCAACAAAAUGUUGCUUUGGAGUAUUUUAGUUACGUCACAAAAAGUAUUUUAGGAGCUUUUGGUGAAAUGUAAGCAGGUAAUAAUAAUAGCUGAAUAUAAAAACAACGUAAGAUGUUCAACUCAGCAGAAGUUAUUUUGCUUUUAAGGAUUCGAGUCGUGUCAUGAAGUCAAGUCGCAAAAGCUGAAGUCUUGACUUCUUUCCUGUGCAAUAUUUGCUGACAUGACAAAACUCCAAGCGUGAACACUAAGCAAACUGCACCGAAGUCCACGUUUGUUUUAUGCGGUCUGGACCAGAGCAGCGAACCACAAGUGUGAACACAGCCUUUUAUUUGUGUGUUCAUUUCAGACAAAGCAGGAAAUGAACACGUUCUUUAAUCACAUAGUUUUUGUGUCCAUCGCGCUGGAUAACCAACUCAGGCAGAAAGGAAAAAAAAAGUGUAUAGACCCACUUUAAAGUUUUGUUAACUCCUAUCACUUUACAACGUGGGCUGUUUGGGUUCUAAGAUGUAAACAUUUACCACACAUAAUUUAAGAUGAUUAACAAUCAUUGACAAUUAACUAGUAAUUAUUGUGAUAUUAUUAUGUGUACUAUGCUGGAGAUGGCUGGGAGGUUUUUUUGUUGGUUUCUUUGGCCCCUUGCUUACUGCCACUUGUUUCCGAACACUCUGGACCCCCCCGGACUGAGCAGGAAGUGAAAGAAGUGGGGGGCCCUUUGCUCGCCAAGGAACAGAACUUUGUGGUGGCAGAGGACAGUGUGGCCUGCAGGGGGCGCAGUAGUUCCCAGCCAACUUUGUUUGUAGUAUAUUGUCCUUACCAUCUCUCACAGACCACCACCCUCUAUAGCCAUGGAGAAACCUUGUCGGUGUGAACGUAUUUGACAUCUGUACAAAUGCACCUCUUUGGAAAAACAAAAUGAAAUCUUGACAUAUCGGGAAGAAA